AUGCUAAACAUACCACCCGUUUCUGUAGCUCGACAUCCUCAGAGGAGGCCAGGAAGUCCCGCUGGAGUAGGAAUACAGCGACCGUCUAUUAUGUCUCCAUCUGUCUCAGCUGCACCAUCGUCGGCAGCAUCUAAUGUUUUUGCUCAUUUUCAGCAGUCAUUAAACGCUUGCUCACCAGCAAGUCAACCCAGCAAAACUCCUCAACCGAUGACGUCACCAGCGAUAUGUGUACCAAAAACCGAAGUUCCUUCUGCAAUUGUUCAGCCUAUGGCGUCACCAGCACUACCAAACACGAGCAGUGUGCUAACAUCCGCUGCAUCAUUUCAGGAUACAAAUGUCCAGACGACAACAGCAGUGCCACCACCGCCAACGCUGCAAUUUCUAGCCACAUCGGCUGCUGUGUCAGGACCACCUACUUAUGAGCCAAUUUCCCCUGAUGGUAGUGCUCCAACAAGCCCAGUUGCACGUGCUGAAGCACCUGCCUCUGCACCAACGUGUGAGUACUCAGUUUUUAAAGCCUUCCGAACAUCAUAAGA